AUGGAAGAGCUAGAUUACCUUCGUCUCCACACCUGUGGGAAAUUCAAAUGCAAGGGUGAAUUCCGGGACGUUUGCUCUUUCUGCGCCGCGAUUGCCACCAGUCCUGAGAAACGCAGCAAGGCGAUGGAGGUCGUUAUUGACGGCGAGAAGCCGCAGCUGGAAAUGCAAGAGCUGCUGAGAAUGAUGCCACUCAUCGUGGACGUGGAAGCUAAACGCAGAAACGUGCUGAAGUGCCUGGUCAACUUCACGCACAUGUGCCUGAUGUAUGACAGCAGCUUCCCUAGACUGACCCACGAGGUGAAGGUGCUUCUCGCUCGUGAGGCAUUCAAGCCAGAGAUUGGACACGCGUAUUCCUGCUUUUCCGACAAGAAGGGCAGCCCACAGCAGUUCGUGUCAGAGCAGGCAGCAACAAUCACAUCUCCAGAGGAGCUGCUGGCAGUGUUGCCCAUGCUCAUGUACGUCCUAAAGGGCCGGAAAGAACACAUGGCCACUUUCGUUCCUCUGAUUGCCCUGGAGGCCCUGAAGGGUCGCCGUGACCAAUGGGAUGCUGUCCUGCAGAGGCAUGGCCUCACCGCGAAUGCAGUGGAGGGAGUUGUGCGCAGCGCUCUCUCAGUGGCCUCCCACUUUCCGCAACCCCACAGCGACCCGGACUGCGCGUGUUGCAAAGGCAUUGAUGCUGCCCUCCAGGGGAGCUUGCAGUACAACAUGGAGCGAAUGAAGCUGAUAGACCCCACAUCAAGGUGGUUUUGCGAGGAUGUUGCCCGAAUCCACAUCACCGUCAACAAGGACCCUGCACAAGCCAUGCAGGCGAUCUACCCAGCUCUGACAUUGGCUGAGGAGCAGAAGGAUGACCUCAAGGCUUGCCCACUGCAAUGGAGCUACUGCCACUUCCUACUGCUGACUGGAAGCCGCCCCGGCCACUUCAUCACAGUGUCUGACUUCUUGGAGCACGUAAGGAAGGCUAAGAAGACCAAGGCGCGGCUAGACAGCUGGGGAGAGUUUCGCUGCCCAGAGACAGGCGGCUGGACGCCAGUGCCUGGGACUACCUUGGCAGAGUCUGACAGUUACUGGUGCAGCCUAGGAGUAGCAGAAUUUGCCAGGGACACCAUCAAGCUCACUGCAGCCUUUGCAGAUACACAGCUCCCGGCAUUCGAUGGGACGAAGCUCAAAGAUUGGCAGGACGCCGUCAGGUGCCAUGCAUGCAAGGAGCUGUGCGACCACCUGCUGCUGUGUGCUGGAUGCCAGCUGGCCAAGUACUGCUCCAAGGAGUGCCAGAAGAAGCACUGGAAGAGCGGGCACAAGGAGAAGCACGGCCUGUCAGCGGAGAGUGUGGAGCGCAUGAUUCGCUUUGCUCUCACACAACUGGUUCACAGGCUGGCAGAACAGGAUGACCUGGACCCCCAUCAGAGAGCCACAGUGCAUGCGCAGCUGACCGAUAAUGCCAGCAGAAUGAAGGAGAUCGAUCCAAGAAUUCCCUGGGUCUGCGAGUAUGCAGCUCGCUACCAGUACCACUGCACAAAAAGCCCCGGGCAAGCCAUGCAGGAGCUGCUGCCCGGCCUGAACUUUGCAGAAGAGCAGCAGGAAGAGCUCAAGGCCUGCCCGCUGCAGUGGAUGUACUGCCACAUGAUGCUGCUGAAUGGAAGCCAGGCUGACAACCCCAUCAAAGUGUCUGACUUCAUGAGGCAUGUCAAGAAGGCCAGGAGAAGCAUGGCGAAACUGGCCAGCUGGGGCGAGUUUCGCUGCAAAUACACUGGCGGCUGGACGCCAGUCAGUAGCAACACCUUGGCCGCCCCAGCAGACUAUUGGCGCACUCUCGGCAUGGCGGCUUACUUCAAGGAUGUCCUCAAGGAUGAUGAAAGCUUUGCACAAGUGGAGCUGCCAGCCUUUGCGCCUCAGCAGCUUGAUGCGAAGCAAGCUUGGAUCAGGUGCUUCCAGUGCCUGGAGCGGUGUGACAGGCUGCUGCUCUGCAUGGGCUGUGAUGCAAUCAGGUAUUGCUCCAAGGAGUGCCAGAGGAAGCACUGUCUAAGUGGGCACAGGCACGAGUGCACUGCAAUAAGGUCUGAAACAAACUCAUAA